AUGUAUGGAACAGGAGAAGAACUAUUCUUAGGAACAUGCGACAGUAGAGGAGUUGGUGGAGUUGGUGUUCUUAUCAACACGAGUAUGGCAAAGAUCAUCGGCUCUUUCGAACAACUUACGACACGAAUUGUACAUCUGGGGGUGAGAAGCUAUGGUCCAACGCCAGCUCUGACUACUUUCGUCGCUUACGCUCCAACAUCAGGCUCAUUACGAAGAAGAAGAAGUAAAUGUUUCUAUAUGGACCUAAAGAAGUCUUACAGAGAAGAUCAUCAGAGGAGCUGGACAUGGGAGUCACCCGGUAGAGUAUACCGUAAUGAAAUUGAGCACAUCACUGCCACUAAAAGGUUUUGUCUCGAAGAUUUCGCUGUUGCGCCAAAGUACUAUACGGAAGCAGAGAAUCGCUUCCUCUAG